AUGUCGACACCGUUCGGCUGGUCAGUUCUAGAUCAUCCCGAUAUGGUAAUAUUCACGCGACCAAACUUCACCAAGCACACCACGAACGACGGUCCCGUUCCAUGCAGAGCUUGUAGCACAUCAAUUACGUGCAGAGGAUUCGUCUGCGAAUGCACUGAUCACGAAUACUACUGUUCUGAAUUCUGCAGAGGCCAGCACUUCAGUUUUUGCAUAUCCAAUGUCUCCAAGCAUGUUGCUCGUCCUACACCUCAACACAAACUGGCACUUUACUUUCCACCCAAUACCGAGAACCCUCAAGUCUUUUGGUGUCCCUGUCCUACUAUCAAUCUGAUCCCCUGUUUUCCCUUCUGCAACCCCUGUAUUGUCUGCGAGAGCUGUCAUGAUUGUCUUGGUUACGAUGUUCCUCUUCCCGUUCCCAUUUUGGCUCUAGGCGCAAACACUACAGCCAAUUUACAAGACGAUCUUGUAAGCUGGAUGAUAAACCCAGAAAAAGAAGAUCUUGCAGGCUGGACACCGGGUACUGUCAUUGGCUUGGAUGAUGGAGAUGUUCUCGAUCAAUGCGGGGAGAAUAUAUGUAUCCAGAAGCUCACAGGAUGGACACGAGGAUGGAUCGGUCCAUUUGUGCUUGUGGGGGAUUCGCGGGCUGAUUGCAAUGGGAAGACGACGAAUAGGGAUAUCAAUAUGGAUGAUAUGGAAACAGCGAAGAAGUUUUUCCUCUCGACGUCACCUAAAGAUUUGGUUGCUGCGGAAGUAGCCCUUGCAGAACGCAAGGAGAGGGGUAUCUUCGAGAUGAAUGAUAUCUUGGGUCGUUUAUUGAAUGGGAAAUAA